AUGUUUGUAAGGCAAUAUAUAGGUGCAAAUAGAGUGCUUGGAUUGAGAUUAAAAAUAUAUAAGACAAGUAAACCCAUUAAUAGAAUUAUUACAGAAAGAAACUAUACCAUUCCUAACACUAAAAUGUCCAAACACGGUGAUUUUAACAAGAUUCAAAGUGAGAGAGUUCCCUUCUCAGAAACAGAUUGGGUCACUACACAGAUCCCAAAUAAAGAUUGGAUCCCUGGUACAGGAGCUCACAAUGAUGAAUGGAAAUCUCAUAAAAAAGUUGCAAUUGAUCCAUACGCAGAAGGUAGACCUUCUGGGUUCAAUUACAAGACUCUCAUUUCAGCAAUUACCCCAAGACCAAUUGGAUUUGUUUCAUCUGUUGGGAAAGACGGUCAGGCAAACCUCGCACCAUUUUCAUAUUUUUCUCUUGCUUGUCACGAUCCACCUACAUUUACUUUGGGUAUUUCAUAUGGGAACGGAUAUAAAGAUACGGCACAAAACAUAUUGGAUACGAAUGAAUUAACCAUUAAUAUUAUAUCCGAAUGGUUUGUCGAAGCUGCAAAUUACACUUCAAUUAAUGCACCAUAUGGCGUAGAUGAAUGGGAAUUGAGUGGGUUGACAAAGGCACCUUCAAUCAAAGUCAAGCCCGCACAUGUUGCAGAAUCUGCAUUUUCAAUUGAAGGUAAACUUGUAUCUAAAUAUGAUACUUUUUCUAAAACUGACCCAGAUAAACAAACCGGAUCAGUUCUUAUUAUUGAAGGAGUAUACUUCCAUGCUAGAGAAGAUGUAAUUAAUGAAGAUUUAAACCAAUUAGAUAUUGGAAAGUUGAAACCAGUUUCUAGGUUGGGAGGGAUUACGUAUGGUAGAACUACUAGCGGGUUUGAAGCUGAAAGACCGGUAUAUGCUACACCAUAUUCGGAUCCCGAGGUAGCUAAAUAG